AUGUCUGUCCAGAAACACCCGGCCCAGACGAACGCCCCCCGGGCCCGCCGCCAGAACCACUCGUGCGACCAGUGCAGGAAGUCUAAACGCGCCUGCGAUGCCACCGCUGGGCAGCGUGCUCCGUGCUCCUACUGCGCCAGGACGAAGAAACGCUGCACGACCGAAUGGGCCCGGUCGCGCGCGCAAUCAGGCUUCAAACCAUCGCGCCAGCAGCCCCAUCUGGAUAUCUUGACCAGGGAAAUCCUGCCAUGGAUGGCCGACCAGCCUCAAGUCCAGGGAGACGUCAGCUCCUUGGAUGGCCUGCUCGACUUGAAUCCGGCUGAGGAUUUGCUAGGCUGGGACUGCAACCCUGCUGCGUCUGGGCCGUCGCUGAGCUACAACCUGCCAUCCCUUGAUCCAAUUUUCAACGAUCCCCACGCAGCGCAGGAAGAACCAGAACCCUUCGACGCUUUAACGCCCGCUCACUACGUGCCAAAUAUGCAGCUAGACUUCUGCAGUGUCCCCGACUCAACCCAGCUCCCAGACCUCGGGCUAGACCCAACCCCCAGUCACCAGUCAUGGCAAACCCCACUCUCCUAUAACACCCUGCAGUAUGCGUCGUCCAGCGACUCAAGACGCCCAAGCGACAUCGGCUGGAUGCCUUUCGCACAGAAAUCACCAGCCCAAACAAGCCCGCGCACGCACUCUCUCUCCCCCUUCUCCAUCGACCAGCAGAUGAUCUCCGCAUCAAACUCCCAUCUAACCUCAGCAAACCUCCUCCAGAUCUACCACGACGUGCUCGAACACAAUCUCUCCUGCUGGGUAACCGAGCAAACAUGCCCCUACAAACGCGGCUGGCAGGGAACCACGCCCAAAGCAGUCCCGGAAUGGGGCUCGUCCUGGUCCAACAGGAUCUACCAACGGACGAUAAAACUCGACCGCGUCGCGCAGUCAUGUAAACUAGUCAGCAUGACAAAGACCGAGGAGCGGUCCGCGUCCAAAGCGCUGCACCUCUCCAUCAUGGCAUUCGCGACGCAGUGGGCCCAGGGUAGUCAGCGGCACCGCGAGAAAUACACCAAUACGCUCUUCGACCCGUGUAGUAAUGGGAGCACUCCUGAAUUCGACCGCGUGCUCCAGAACCAUUUCUGGGAUCAGGCAAGGCGCGCUCUGCAGGAGGUUGCCGAUGUCGAGUCGUAUCAAGUCGCCUGCGCGGAGCUUAUCUUCGCCUUGACGCAGCGGCCGUGGGAGUCUGAACAGGAUGAAACAUACAACACGGCAACACAACGGCAACACUCCGAAUCAAGUACAGCAUUAUCGCGAGUCCGCGAUAUACUACAAAAAGACGGACCACCGGUACACGUCGAACGAGCAGCGCGGAAGAUGCACGCACUGAAAUACCGAUGCGACGCGAUCGAGACCGGACUUCGCAAGCAAGCCCACGACGGCAAAGAAGCAAUUACACCCAUGGACCCAGAGGAUCGAGCGUCAAUCAGCCUGUUAUAUUGGCUGGCGAUAAUGUUCGACACGGUCUCGGCGUCCAUGAACGAGCGCCCGGUCGUGAUCCAAGACGAAGAGUGCCAGCACGAAGCCGAAACAACCACAACCACAACCACAUCAACACCCCCAAAUAAAACUCAAGUGCAAUCCCGCUGGGACAUGGACCUCUUCGUCCCGGGCGGCCUCGACAAACUCACCCAAACGCACUGGCCAUGCACAUACUCCGCAGCCGCAGAAGACAUAACAAAAUCCGCCCCGGCAAAAGUCCUCCUCUUCCGCCACGUCUCGUACCUCCAAAACGCCGUCCGGAAAGGCGCAGACAGCAAACUAAUCGAAGACAUCAUCCGCAGCACAACAUCCCUAUACAACCACUGGAACAAGACCCACGGCGCAUUCUUCACGGAGAUGGUAGCCGAUUAUAACACCGUCCCGCAGCGCCUUCAGGGCUGGUUCGUGUGUAUCUCUGCCCAUUGGCAUUUAGGGACAUUGAUGUUCGCGGAUCUACUCGACUUCAUACACGAGAAUGGUCUAGGCAUGCAGGAGGCCACGGCGUGCCGGAUACAAGAGCAAAUCGCGCUUCAAAUCCGAACCCACAGUUCUGGGGAACUGGCGGAUCUCGCGCGCGUCGCUACGCCCGCGACUAUGGAUUCAGCCCUGGGUGUAUCUGUACCGCAGAUGCCUGAUUUCCACCACGCCGUGAACGAGGGGACGCUCCUUACAGAGCCGUGGACGAUGAUUCCGAUCCGGGCGUUUACGAAGGCCGGGCUGAUAUUUCUUGACGCAGCGGAGGAGUUGUCUCGUUUGAAUGGAGGGGUGUUUGUGCAUGAUAGUGAUGGCUUUGCGCGGAAUGUUGAGCAGGCGGAGGACUGUAUUAAGGGGUUGUGGCUGUUGGGGAAGAAGUCGGAUAUGGCGAGGAAAAUUGCAGAGACGCUUUCGGGGGCGUUGGCGAGAUUGAGGGAUGGGUUGUGA